GUGAGAGCCCUGACCACGCUUGAGUGAUCAUAGUGUUCUAAUUCUGAAGCUAGAAUGUAAAAGCCACCAAUAAAGCGCUUCCUUCAAGAACAACUGGUAGCACUAGAAUAUGCAGCACGUAAUCUAUCACAGCUUAUGUUCCCAAUACUAGCAAUAAUUUCAAUUUCCAGGUGAGUGAAAAUUUGUGGUCUACUCCUUCUAGGACACGGGGGUAACCUAAAACCGCAAAUGAAAACCUACCCUUUUUCUCUGCAAGUUCGAUUCGGAUUUGGUUUGCAUUUUUCCAAGGUACUAGUAGUCUUACUUUAUUACUGUUUUCAAUUUCAAUUGAACAAGAACAAGAAUUUUCAUCUAGCAUCAAUACACAGGAAUAGGACCACAUCAUAGAGGCUUCUAAAAUGGCCCCUAUUGCAGAGCUGCCUCAAGCGGGCAGUAACCCGAACAGUAAAUGUCCGGUGAUGAGCGGCGAGAGGGAAAUGCCGAAGAAGGGACCGUUGGAUUUAUGGCGGCUCUCGUUGUAGAAGUAUAUUUUCCUAAGUAAGUAAGUGCUUUCUUAAAGAUCGCUGUACGUAGAAGAACAUUUUCCUAAGUCUAAGUGCUUUCUUAAAGGUGGAUACGUGAAGGUCGAACGGCAAUAUACUUAGUUCCCUCGGUCUACUCCCACUCCCUUGCAGACAUUCUUUUAUGAUAUCACCUCUAAUAAACGGCGUAGAUCCCAGCAAUGGAGCGUGCCCGUUUCUCAAAGUCCUGCACGAAAGAGGUACUAGCCGCAUGGAGCAAUUCACUUUAUUCUUUCAUCAUGACACUCGUCACGACUACAUUUCUACUUUUUUUUCGCAGAGCCAACUAGUUCACUUUAUUUUUGUCACAGAGGACCAAUUGAGUUUGAAACUACUGAGUCACAAUCAGAACGGAAGUUCCUACUCACCUCCAAAAACAGAGGAGCCUUUGGCGGAGGGGGUUCAAUUUCAACCUGAUCCCUACUGGGCCAAAGUUCAGAGAGAGAUGGACAGGGCUGUUGAGCCGGAGGGUGGAAUGACCCUGGGUGAAUGCUUUGCGGGAAUCUUCAACGGCUCUAUCCUUCGACAGCUUUGUGCGGGAGGUACUUCGGCUGGGCCGUCACCUGGAGUGGGUGGUGCUAGAAGUGGUGGUGGAACUUGCGGAGGCGGCAACAGUUAUGUCUAGGUGGCUGUUUGUUGUACUCGGUUUGCAAGCAUUUUCUGCGAGGACAUUUUCAAUGACUCUAUGGUGGAUUCUUGGCGUCCAACGCCCCCCUCUUACCCCAAGGACUCCAAUAUUAGAAAUACUUACCCCGGCUUGUGAUUCACACUAGCUACUUGUGAUUCAUCUCUAAUGCACCACAACGGCAGAUUCUUCGCAGGAAACGAAAUGCUGCAGUGGGGGUGGGUGUGGAAAGUAGACCUGGCGGACUGAAGUGAAGGUACCGACUAAGCACAGAAUAAAAAGCUACUACUUAUAAUCAACAUGCGGGCAACAAAGAAAGAAUGUGAAUGAAAAAUAAACUCCAAACCAAUCGUGCAGUGGUUGGUGGAGCUACCAAACAACUAGUGAUCUAGUUGUGCUAAUAUACAACGGACUAAGUUUUUAUUUAUCGUGGUUGCUGGUGCCAGUAGAUUAGAAUGAUUCUCGACGAUCCCUUUAAUGAUUCACCCCAAUAUUAAACCACGAUAACUACAUAAGUAUAUAGAUAACGAGUACUUGAUGUUACGUAGGUUUCUAGAAUCCGCUCGUUCUAGAACAAGUUGUUCUAUCAUAAAACCUGUUAGAGCCACAAGUGUGAAGAUGAACAGUUGACUCAAACUCGUAAAGUUAUUGCAUGAAUGAAAGGACCAGUUAAGUGUUAUAAUAGGUGUGAUCUUUUACAACAAAUACAACGAAUGUGCGGAGGACUUUCACGUCCCACUGAAUAUGGUUUUGCAGCAGCCCCUUCGAGGCAAGGAAAUGAGACAAGAGAGUCCGAAAGAUGUGUACAGGAGAUCAAUAUUGAUACACGACAGAUGAACGACGUCGUCAAGCAUCCUGGGUCUCGCACAAUUAAUGUCAACAUGCGAUCCGGCACUCAAGCUCAACAUGAUCAAAAAUGUCAU